UGAAGACACUACUGCACGAAUAGGCGAAUAAAGUGUCAAAAGAAUAAAAAAUAGAGUAAAGGAGGUCUGGAUCUGGACUAGUUAAGUCCAAAACCUACGUGUCUCUUGCAACAAUUUGCAAGCUUUGACUCCAAAUCCUCAGAAUGAAGAUGCAAACUUAUCUUCUUCACCGCACAAACCAAACUUAGCAAUCCAACCGGAUGACAGGACUAGAACUCUACACAGCUCCACCAGCACCGCCUCCGCCUCCUUUGCCGCCGGCGCCGAGGCGGAAGGGUGCCGGCAUUAGGGCAUGGCUCGUUGUGUCUGAAUCUGGACAGUCUCACUUGGAGGAGGUUGGAAAGCAUUCCAUCAUGCGACGGACUGGACUCCCGGCGCGUGAUUUGAGGAUUCUUGAUCCUGCGCUUUCGUACCCCUCGACUAUACUUGGGAGAGAGAGGGCGAUUGUUGUGAAUUUGGAGCAUAUCAAGGCGAUUAUCACUGCGACGGAGGUGUUGGUGCUGAACUCGCAGAAUCCGGCCGUUGCUCCUUUCGUCGGUGAUCUUGAAUCCCGUCUUGCCAACUUCAAUGCGGCACAUCUGGGGAUGGAUGCAGACGACUCGCCCACUAUUUCUGCUUCCCAUAAUUCUUCUCAACAGCCCUAUGACAAUGCUAAACGUACAGAAGUCAUUCCAAUAGAUGGUAGUGACGGUCCCCUGCGUACAGAGGACAUGCCAAAAGUGGAUGGCCCGAAGGUGUUGCCUUUUGAGUUCAAGGCACUUGAAGCUUGCCUUGAAUCUACUUGCAGGUGCCUAGAAUCCGAGACUUCUACAUUGGAACAAGAGGCAUAUCCUGCUUUAGAUGAAUUGACUUCUAAGAUCAGCACACUUAAUCUCCAGCGUGUUAGACAUAUAAAGAAUCGCCUUGUUGCAUUAUCUGGGAGAGUCCAGAAGGUGAGGGAUGAGCUUGAAAAUUUGUUGGAUGAUGAUAUGGACAUGGCUGAGAUGUAUUUGACAGAAAAGAUCUUCCGCCAGCAAUCUGAAGAAAUUGUCUCAAAGGAUGAAUUAGAUAAGGAUAUUGACCCACUUGAAUUUGAUAAUGAAAGUUACGAGGACUCAGGGAGCAACAAAAGCAGUAUUGGAAACUUCACUGGUUUUAAGCCAAAUAUUGAAGAUUUGGAGAUGCUGUUGGAGGCUUACUUUGUGCAGAUAGAGGGAACCUUAAAUAAACUAUCGACUAUGCGAGAUUAUGUGGAUGACACAGAAGACUAUAUCAAUAUCAUGCUGGAUGACAAACAGAAUCAGUUGCUACAGAUGGGAGUUGUGCUCAGUACAGCAACAUUGUUGUUCAGUGCAGGAAUUGUUGUUGUUGGUUUGUUUGGCAUGAAUAUCAAAAUAAGUCUCUUUAAAACUGAAGGAUCCACUGCAUUUUGGGAGACAACCAUUGGUACAUUAGGAGGUUGUUUGGUUUUAUAUGUUAUAGCCAUCCAUUUGGGUAAGAAAAGAGGACUGAUAGGGUGAUGAAAUUCUCCUCUCAUAAGGUCGAUGAUACCAAUUCAUUCCCUCAGAUAACCUCAGCAAUACUGCCCAACUACUCAAUCUAUUGAUCUUAUGCACAUUAACCAAAUAUCCCAUGCAUAAAAUGAUUUGUAAUUUUUUAUGGAUAAUAUCUAUAGUUAAGAAAACAACACUCUACUGAAGAGAUUGUAGAGACUCCUGAAUUCUGUAUUGUUAUUAUUCAGUGUUGAUGCAUUGUAUUUAUCAUAGUCAGGGGUAUCAUUAUCUUUGUAUCUCUUAUACAUAAAACUUCAAUCCAGCUAUUGAUCCUCAAAUUUUCUGUCCAACAUUCUUGUCCUGAUUUUGGCUCCAUCUUAUCUUCUCUCUAUUGUUUCUUCAUGGUGUUAGCAUCCAUGCGUUGGUAUGGUUUACGAGGACAGAAAGUUGAAGUGAUGUUACUUCUGAAGCUCCUAUUUUGUGGCAAUCUCAUUAGUAAACCAUAUGAUGAAGUUAACUGUUGUACAUUCAUAUAAGUUUCCUCCAAUCGCAAUUAGUGUAAUCACUCAGAUUUUAUAGGAUUAAUGAACAUUUUCCACAGCUUUUGGGACUGACCUGAUGAUUUUCUGAUUGAUCUCAUGAGAAAAAUGUGAAAACAUUCUGGAGUUCCAUGUCUUCUAGGGGAUAUUUUCUUUGCCUUUGUUAUUUGGUAAAUGUUUUUAUCUUUGCAUCUCAUAUUCAACAAUAAAUUUUAAUGGGGUCAUUAAUCCUCAACUUCUCUCUCCAAAAUUAUUUGUCCUUAUUUUUGUCUUCAUCCUGUAUUUUUCUAUUUUCUCCUACCUAGUCUCCCUGAUCUCUCCCCAAAAUAAAUAAUGUGCUGUCCUUCUAUCAACCGGAAUAGUGUAGUUGAAUCCUAUUAAUCUUUCAGGACUUGGAAAUUGCUUAUGAUCUAGUGGAUUGGAACUAAAGACUGAACUGAUGGGAAGCCGAAGUGGAGAAGUUUUUCAUUUGGUGAGUAGAUGGAAGUCUGAACUGAUUAUUGAAG